CCCUGUGCGCAGGCGUCUCCUGGAAAUAAUUAAAGAAAGCGACGCGAGUUUGUAGCGAGGAGGAUUGUGCGGCGUGCUCUUCGUUUUGUUUUUCGCUCGUCAAGUCGCUUGAUCGGCCUCUUGUCGAGUGACAGACGACGCCCCAAGCCAUGAACAACGAGGAGCACGUGCUGCGCCUGGGCGAGAGCUUUGAGCGGAGGCCACGGGCCGGCUUCCACGCCAUCCGAUACGACUUCAAGCCAGCCUCCAUCGAUACGGCGUGCGAGGGCACACUGGACGUGGGGAAAGGUGAUCAGGUCACCAUCACCCUGCCAAACGUCGAGGGCUCUACUCCACCCACAACUGUGUUUAAAGGCUCCAAGAGACCAUGCAUGAAGGAAUGUGUUCUCAUUAUCAACCAUGACACGGGAGAGUAUACAUUGGAAAAGCUCACCAGCAACAUCCAGGUCAAGAAAACCAGGUUUGAAGGCAGCAGUAAGAUUCAGAGCCGACUGGAGCAGCAGCAGCCACAACAGAGUGGGCGUGCAGGACAGCAGAGUGGGCCGACAAAGAGCGCGAGUCGAGCAACAUCGGGCAGUAAAACUUCACCUGAAAAGGAAAAACUGUCUCCUGAACCACUGCACGACAUCGAGAAAGAGCUUCUGGCCGAGGCCCGUGCCAUUGAAAUGAGCAAUGCCAGCUCUUCGGACUCGGAUAGCUCAAGCAGUGGCAGCGAGAGCUCCAAUGAGGAAUUGGAGAGCCGCGUGCCGCUCUCCCCUGCCCCGACUCAGCCCCUCGCUCAACCUCAGCCCACGCCACUGCAGCCACAGAUCCCAGCUCCACCCAUCGCAGCAAACUUACCGAACGGCACCACCCGUGCACAGCCACCUUCAGAGCACCGGGGAUACAUGAGCACACUGAGAAGUGACCUGCAGCUGAGCGAAUCUGGAAGUGACAGUGACGACUAAUUUUUAAGAUGUCCACUAAAAUAUCUUUCGAUAAUAUCUGUACCACAAUCACUUAAGUUUCAUACAGAGCUGCUCCCAUGCUUAAAAUGAUAAUUUUCUGUACCUGCGUAUAUUUCCCCUUGUCAUGUCAUAUCGCAUAGCAUUUGAGUGGAAUUUAAUGCAUGUUACUGUUUCAGUACAUUUCUUUGUUAUAUCAUACUUACGUUUAAAACAUUAACAUUACAUGUUGGCACAGUUAAAGCUGGGAUAAUAUAUAUUAUUUGGGUCUUUCGGUAAAGUCACGUAGAUAGGUUCAAAUAAAAUAAAAAACUAUGACGUUUCGAUCGCAACACAAGUGGUCGUGUUUUGAUAUUUUCUUUGAACCUAUCUACGUGACUUUACCGAAAGACCCAAAGAAUAUGAAUUCCUGCAGUCACGAAAGCUUUAAGUUGGGAUAUUUUUUUGCUCUUUAGUAUUUGCCAUGUGUACAUAUCCAUUACCAUGAUUGUGUUGCCAUAUAAAAGCAGAUACAAUAAAUGCUCAUUGUGCAAUAUAAA